UUAACCACAAGAAGUCUUAUGUUAAUCGAGUCAAGAAGCAGGUCUGAUACAGUUGAACCACUACCAACCAAAUGGAAAGUCAUCAGUUUGGGCCUCAACAUCACCCUGUCACUGUCAAUGAUUUUUUUUUCCCCUGAAAACAAACAAUUGACCUUGUUAUUGUGACCUUUCCUUAUUUCUAGUUCUUCUCUUUGUAGUCUUGAUCAGUCUUGGGCCUUUUUGCUGCUUACUUGCUUCUGCCUUCAUUUCUCCUCCUUCUAUCUCCUAAGCAUGGCUGUAAGGAACAAACAGGUGAUAUUGAAGAAUUAUGUGACUGGGGGUCUGCCCAAAGAAUCAGACAUGGAAGUAACAGAAAUUAGCAUUCAACUGAAGGUGCCAGAGGGUAUUAAAGAUGCAAUUUUACUCAAGAAUCUCUACUUGUCUUGUGAUCCUUCAAUGAUAGACAGCAUGCGGAAGUUUGAAACAUCAUAUGUGCCUUCUUUCGAGCCUGGCUCGCCUCUAAGUGGUUAUGGAGUGGCCAAAGUUCUGGAUUCUACUCAUCCAGAUUACAAAAAGGGCGAUUUCAUUUGGGGGAUAACUGGUUGGGAAGAGUAUAGUCUCAUAAAAGCACCAAACCAAUUUUUCAAAAUUCAACACAUGGAUGUGCCUCUUACCUACUAUAUUGGACUUCUUGGUAUGCCUGGUAUGACUGCUUAUGCUGGUUUUUAUGAGGUUUGCUCCCCUAAGAAAGGAGAUUAUGUAUAUGUAUCAGCUGCAUCUGGAGCAGUUGGUCAGCUUGUUGGGCAGUUUGCAAAACUGUUAGGCUGCUAUGUUGUUGGAAGUGCUGGAAGCGAAGAGAAAGUUGAGUUGCUGAAGAAUAAGUUUGGGUUUGAUGCUGCUUUCAACUAUAAGGAAGAGCCAGACUUGAAUGCUGUUUUGAAAAGGUACUUUCCUGAAGGCAUUGAUAUUUACUUUGAAAACGUGGGGGGAAAGAUGCUCGAUGCAGUGCUACUCAACAUGAGGAUCCAUGGUCGUAUUGCUGCAUGUGGAAUGAUCUCACAGUACAACCUAGACCAUCCUGAAGGAGUGCACAACUUGAUGCAUGUUGUGUUAAAACGGGUUCGGAUUGAAGGAUUUGUGGUUACUGAUUUCUAUCACCUUUAUCCCCAGUUUCUAGAAAUGGUUAUACCUCAAAUCAAAGAAGGGAAGAUUACAUAUGUUGAAGACACAGCUGAAGGCCUCGAGGCCGCUCCGGCGGCCCUCAUUGGCCUCUUCACUGGUCGCAAUGUUGGGAAACAGUUGAUUGUUGUCUCCCAUGAUUGGUGAAACUAUACCAAACCUUGUAGAAGUUGCUUGAUUGUUGCGUUGGCUUCCUUAAGAACUGAUCGACAGUUUGUGUUUUGGUUGAAUAAAAAGGAUUUAGAAUACUAAAUCCUAUUAUGUAAUAUAAAAUCAUAUAUAUAUAUAUAUAUAUAU